GGAGCAUCUAUCAUUUUCGUUACGUGUAACAAUAUAAUCUCUUAUUUCUGCAGGUCUCACAUUGACUCAUACUGAUAUGAUUAAUCAUCUAUCGCUCGUCUUGCUGUCUCCCGUCUGUGGCUUCCCGUUAUUCCGGCCCCCUCUUUAGCUCCCAUGAGCUAUCCCGUUUGCCGGUGUAGACAAAAUAAACAUUGAAAAUCCUUAACACCGUUGUAGUAUUUAAUAUGUAGUAUGUUUUCUGCCCUCGCGUUUUCCUAAUUCGUCGUACCUUUAUUCAAACCAGGUUUUGCUUUCAAUUGUAACCUAGGCGAUGUCUUCCUCGGGUCCGACCAGCAUCCCCUCGGAAGUCCUCUUCGAAAUUACUUCAUACCUCGACCCACGAGCACUUAAAUUUCCGCGCACGACCUGUAGAUGGACGGAUGCAUCUCUUUUCGAUUCAUUUGCCCGUCAAAAAUUCCGUAGGAUUCACUUCCUCUGCACCAGAUAUGGCCUUCAAACCCUCGUGGACCUCUCCAAGUCUCGUGUGUCACCUUAUCUCAAACAUCUAGUCAUUUCAACGUGGGUCUAUUACCCUCUCGUAUCUAUCGCUAUAAGAAACCGCCUUGUAAAUCGUGGACUGUACCUCCAAUUGGAUAAGUUCAAGGAAUUCCGCAAUGACCAGGAAUUACUUUAGAGUACGAUGACCUACGGAUGCUCACUGAAGCGUUCUGCAACCUCAGCUUAGAUAAGGUAUCAGUCGGUCCAGACGAUGAUCGCUUCUUCUCCGCUAUUGGGGUGUCAAAGAUCGAAAAGGGAACCUCAGUUUACGUACGACAUAACCAAGUGAGACCCUAUGGCGUCUACCAAUUGACGGGGAAUUGUGUGCGGAAAGUAUUAUUUGCGUUGGUCAAAGCAGGAUCGGGACUGAAGAGAUUGUCUGAGACGAUUGUUGUACCAACUGAGAUCAACCGGUUUUGCCUCAAAGGUCAAUACCUCGAUAGAACGUUCGAUGCGCCGGCAUAUAUUUUGAAUGAAGAGUAUCAUGCUUCCUUGACGGCUGGGUUGCUUGGCUUUCCUAUGCUUAUGGGCUUAUCUGAGCUUGAGCUCAGCCAUGUAAACAUUGCCAACUACGAUUUUCUUCGCAUUAUAGAGAAACUCUCGGUAUCAUUACGAAAACUGAAACUCUGUGCCGUGAAAUGGCUUUUCCGACUCGUCGGCUCAUCUAUGGACCAACUUGUCAACAAAUGGGCCGAAUUCGCUAUACAGUCGGCUCAAGUCGGUAAACAUCUCCAAGAGGUGAAUUUUUGUCACAUACAAGUAGUAAUGAAUGGAGAAGUUCAUUUUAGUCCACAAUGGGGGCCAAGAGAUGGACGAAAUGGAUGGGAUGGAACAUUCUGCUACGCAGGCCCAGACAUGGGUAGGGUUCCAGGGGAACCCGUCACUUUAGGCCAAGGAUAUAUACCGGGCAGCCGGGUUGCCGUAAGUAUAAACCAGCUCUGCCUCUAGACUAUUGCGGAUACAUGGAAGAACUUUUCAUCGUUUUUGAAGUACACGAUUCGAACGCAGAUGAGGAAGACAUGAUCAGAGGUAAGCAGUGUUGCCUUUUUCUCGCCUAGGAAGUCGUAUUUUACAAACUGCUAAUAUUGAUUAUUAUGGCAAUACCGUAGAUUAUGAUGCCCAAAAAGACCAUGAUUUCAAUUUAAUGUAGAGUCCCCCGAGUCAGCGAGAGAAAAUAAGCUAUAUGGUGAUUGGGAGAGUGAAAGGAAAUAAUGCGGAAUUAUGUACUGUAGAGUUGCCAAUGUGGCUGGAUGACGUAAUUCAAAGAGCUACAUACAUGUAGUGGUCUAUGUGGAGAAAGGGAAUUGAAUUCGGACGGGUGGCUCGGAUAGUGUGCUUGGAGUAGUACGAUGGUACAAUGACCGCAUGUGGAAAUCUUGUCGGAAUAAAUGACGGGCCGAUAUGGUUGAUUAAUUGAAAGCAUGUGAUUGGCCGGGAACGAUGAUAGCAAUAGCCGAGGGCAAGCCGGGUCGGGUGGAAAGUGGAAAGAGGAAAGAGGAAAAUGGAAAGUUCAA